AUUUUAAUUCUUUAUUGGUACGUGCAGUUGAUAAAUGUAAUUUACCAGACUGUGCCAGAAGUUUCUCAUGUGUAAUACGUUAGCAGGAGCAACUUUUACCAUUCAAAUAAGUGUAUUUCGUUAAAAUGGUUCAGAAUGCAGAAGCUGAAAACUAUAAAAAUAAAGGUAAUGAAGCAUUUAAUUCCCAGAAUUAUGAAGAAGCCUUAUCGUUCUACUCGAAAGCAAUUAGUCUUGCAGAAAGAGACACACGUGAUAUGGCUACUUACUUAAAAAACCGCGCUGCGGUUCAUUUGAAGCUAAAUUCUUUUAAUGAGGCUGUAAAAGACUGUGAUGAGGCCUUGAAAAUAAUUCACGAAGACCCUAAAGCUCUCUUUCGACGAUGCCAGGCUUUGGAGUCUCUUGAAAGGUAUGAAGAAGCCUACAGAGAUGCCAAAAACAUAUUUACUGUAGACCCAGCAAAUAAAGCUAUUCAGCCCAUUUUGAGUCGGCUACAUGCUAUAGUUGAGGAGCGUGCAAGAAAAUCUGCGCAGACUAGUAAUAAAGUAGAACAGAUGUUUAAGAUUGCUUUUGAAAUGAGUGAAGAUAGUGAAAAGCGCGAAAAAGCAAUGUCAAAUUUACUAGUGUUAUGCAAGGAGAAUUCUGGUGCAAAUAUAAUGAUGAAAUCUGGUGUUAUUCAAAAAAUUCAACAGCUACUAAAACAUGAGAAGAAUACAGAUAUCUAUGUCAAUGCAAUAAGAGUUGUAUGUCAUCUGUGCAAGAGAGAUAUUCAGAUGACAAAGGAUGUACUUAAUAUAGUUGGUGUACCUUGGUUUUUGGAAAUUAUUGACAGCAGUGAACAAGAAAUUGUUAAUGUGGCUCAAUAUUGUUUACAAAGUAUAGUGAAUACAUUAUCAGGUAUGGAUUAUAAGAGUGAAACCAAACCUGAUCCGCAGCUUUGUGAGCAAAAUAAACUAGAAAUAGAUACAAUACUCACAUGUUUAACAUACUCUAUUACAAGCAGAGUAAUAUCUGGAAUAGCAAGAGAUGCUAUAAUGGAGUUAAUUAUGAGAAAUUGCCAUUACAGUACUCUUAAUUGGGCUGAAAGAUUUGUUGAAAUAAGAGGACUUCAACGUUUGCUUGAAGUAUGUAGUGAAUUAGAAGAAUACAAAUAUGAAUCAGCAAUGAAUAUUACUCCUUCUUCAAGUACUGUUGCUGCCGCUUGUUUAGCUCGAGUUUAUGAAAAUAUGUACUAUGACCAAGCAAGAGAAAAGUUUAACAAUCAAGUUGAUGAUUUUAUUAAAGAUAAGUUAAUGACUCCUGAUCUAGAGUCUAAAGUAAGGGUAACUGUAGCUAUUACAUCACUGUUACGGGGCCCACUAGAUGUUGGUAACUAUAUAAUCUCAAAAGAAGGUAUCAUAGAAAUGAUCUUAGUUAUGGCCCAAACAGAAGACACACUACAACAGAAAGUUGCAUGUGAAUGUUUAAUCGCUGCAGCAUCUAAAAAAGAUAAAGCGCGGGCUAUUAUAAAUAAAGGUAUUGAUAUCUUAAAGAAAUUAUAUUCAUGCAAGAAUGAUGCUGUUCGAGUCAGGGCUCUGGUUGGGUUAUGUAAAAUUGGCAGCUUUGGUGGAGAUGACGCAUCCAUUCGCCCUCUUGCUGAAGGAUCAACAAAGAAACUGGCAGAAGCAUGCAGAAAAUUUUUGGUAAAUCCAAGCAAAGAUAAGGAUAUGAGGAAAUGGGCAGCUGAAGGGCUAUCCUAUUUAACUCUUGAUGCUGAUGUAAAAGAGAUGUUGGCUGAUGAUAAAGCGGCUUUGCAUUCUCUUAUUGAACUUGCUAAAACAGGGGAUCAAUCUUGUUUGUAUGGAGUUGUCACUACUUUGGUCAACUUGUGCAAUGCAUAUGAGAAACAAGAAGUUAUGCCUGAAAUGAUUGAAAUAGCUAAAUAUGCUAAACAUCACAUACCAGAGCAGCAUGAAUUAGAUGAUCAAGACUUUGUAAAUAAAAGAUUAACAGUAUUAUGUAAAGCUGGGGUAACAACUGGUUUGGUAGCACUGGCAAAGACUGAAAGUCAUAACUCAAGAGAACUUAUUGCUCGAGUAUUCAAUGCAAUCUGUAGUCUACAAGAGCUUAGAGGGAUUGUGGUACAGCAGGGAGCAGCUAAAGUAUUGAUACCAAUGGCUUUAGAAGGUACCAAGAAAGGGAAAAUUCAGGCUGCACAAGCAUUAGCUAGAAUUGGUAUAACUAUAAAUCCAGAGGUUGCAUUCCCUGGACAGAGAAAUUUGGAGGUUGUGCGGCCAUUGAUUACAUUAUUACACCCUGAAUGUACAGCUCUUGAAAACUUUGAAGCUUUAAUGGCCUUAUGUAAUCUGGCUGGAAUGAAUGAAACUACUAGGAAUAGAAUUCUAAAAGAGGGUGGUUUGACUAAGAUAGAGCAUUACAUGUAUGAAGACCAUAUGAUGCUUCAGAGAGCUGCUACACAGUGUAUUUGUAAUCUAUUGCAGUCAGAAGAAGUAAUUAAAACUUUUGAAGCUAAAAAUGAUAAGACAAAAUUCUUAUGUCUGCUGUGCCAGGAAGAAGAUGUUGAUACUGUAAUGGCAGCUGCUGGAGCCUUGUGUAUUCUUACCACUGCUAGUAAGGUGUGUUGCAGAAAGAUUCUUGACCUAGAAUCCUGGUUAGAAUCAUUGCAAUGCCUCUUGGCUAAUCCCAUUAAAGAGAUUCAAUACAGAGGAACCUACAUACUAUACAAUAUGGUUAAGGAUGAUAAAGAUAUGGCUGCCAGGGUAUUUGAAACAGAUGUUAUGGAAAUUUUGAUGGCAAUUACUAAAUUAGAAGAUCCAGAAUGUGCCAAAGCCGUAGAGUAUGCUCAAAAGUGUCUUAAUACUGCAGAAGAAUUAGGGAUUAUUAGAAAACCUGAUGACACAUCAAAUUAAAUCAUCUGAAUAUUAUUUAUUGCAUCAUUUUGAUUGUUAGUGUUUGAUGCUAGAUAUAUCUAUAGUUGUUUUGAUAUAAUUUUACAGAUUAUAUGUUGAUAAUUAUUUAAGUUAUCUAACAUACAAUAGUUUUGGCAUAAUAAUUUGGUAUUUUAAAUAUUAAACUUUUAAUUUGCCACAUAUUUAACUGUUUGUGAUCUUUAUAGUAUAUUUGUGAAUGAUUUUAUUUAUUUAUGGUGUGUUUAUGUUGAUAUUGUUAAAUUAAUUCUUAGGCCUUAUUAAAAUUUUGUACCAUA